AUGUUCGACCCUCUUAGCUCUACAAGUUCCAUUUUUGCCAACGGAAACACCGACACGUCACCACCAUGGCCAACAACUCCGCACGAGCCAAAUUCUCCAAUACCCCAUUUGCGUCGCGCUUCCCCGUCCUUACCACCACCAGUGAGUGUUCAAAAACCAGAGACAGAUGGGCUGUACGGUAGAGAACCAAAAAUUUACGGACAGCCUGAACCUGGCCUUGUCUCUCCGCAGACGACAGUAGGCUCAAACGGCACGAAAUACGAGAAGAUGGAGCCAUACCUACGUGUACGGAUCACUGGAAUGGACAGGAACAGGCGAGAUAUACUCUUCAAGCUUGAUGCCCAGACGACACUGUCUAAUUUUACGGGAACGACAUACCGCAAUGUAUCCCGUUCAUACCUUGAGUUUCAGCAGUUCUACGAAGCGCUUAUCAAUAACUGUCCUCAUACCAUCAUCCCUGCACUACCCCUUGCCCAAACCUCGGCACCUACAGAUGAGGAAGAUGAUCGUCUUGUACGAAUAAUGCUGCAGCGAUGGUUGACGCGAAUAUGCGAGGAUCCGAUUGUUAUCCAUGACGAAGAACUGCGCUCAUUUAUCGAGAGUGAUUUUGGCUAUCAGCCAACGCCACGUCCUCGGCGUAAAACGGGCUCAGGGUUUGGACUAAUUCGCCGAGGCGUACCUGACGAAGACGAGGUACUGCAACGUGCACGAUUUGAAUUAACGAAGGUUGAAACGCAAUUUUUCGAUGCUGCUAAAGCUAUCGACAAACUUGCGAUCACGCGUAAAUCUCUGGCUGCUGCGCAUGCGGAGAUGGGCAAUAAACUUAUUAAUGUUGCUACUACGGAAUCGCAUCCCCCUCUUGCACAUACCCUGCAGAAGCUCGGAAGAGCAUGGCAUACUCUUACGGAUCUGGAUCAAGCGCAGGCGAUCAGCGAAUGUGUCGUUAUCGGGGACACCUUUGGGUAUCAGGGUCUAAACGCUCGUUCCGCAAAAGAAGCAUUGUUACAACGAGCUGGUGUAUUGGAAGAGUAUCAGGCUGCGGUAAAAUCGACGAUAUCUAAGCGGAGGAAUAUAGAGCGGUUGAAGGCAAGUUCUAACAUUAAGCCUGAGCGAGUGGAUGAAGCUCUGGAGGACAUAGAGGAGGCCAAUAAAUACGAGCAAGUGCUUGCUCAACGAGCUAACAACAUAUCCCAAAAUCUUCAUCGUGCAAUGGAUACACACAAGCGUACUGUUGCAGAUGAUAUAACUGCUGCUUUAAUCGAGCACGCUCGCUCGUCGCUCAUGUACGAAAGGCAGCUACUCCGAGAAUUGGAGGCGCUUCGCACAGAUGUCAAUAACGCCAACCAGAAGGUAGCACCUGCAAAUCCGAAUGUCAUUCCCAAGCCAUCUGUUGUCUUACCUUUAGAAGACGAUAUACCACCCACGCGAACUAGGGCUACGCCUCCUGUCGCGAAGCCUCCAAACCGGAUGCCGCCAGCCGCUCCUUCACCCACUCAGUCCUCAUUCAGACAUAACCCACUCCCCCCUCAAUCACCUGGUGCGGGACCUUCGACACCUCAGCGGAACUCUUUCGCACACUCGCCUGCACCCCCGCAGCCACGGGAAACUGGCCCGCCUCUGGGCGGCCGCUUUGUGGAUGGUACCCAGUCGAUGUUUGUUAACGCCUCAUCAGCAUCACCGUUGGGCCCUCCGGUAGCUUUUACUGCCUCUUCGCCUUCUUUACCUCAAGGCCCCCUUGGGGGAGCCAUCCAUUCUCCUGUUCCAUCCUCUGCCACUCAUCCUCUUGCGGGUUUCGCGCAAUCCCCAUUGGCCACUACCGGUCAUAUUCGCUCUGCAAGCGCACAGCAGGCAGUGGAUCCUCUGGGAAUGUUCGCCCCGACGAACAUGUCACAAUCAAUGCGGGUACACCCAUCGCGCCCACGCUUGGAUGCGCGGGUUGCAGCGAGCAAGCUUGCUAAUAUGUUCUAG